GGAGUCUUGCUCUAUUACCCAGGCUGGAGUGCAGUGGCAUGAUCUCAACUUACUGCAACCUCCACCUCCUGGGUUCAAGUGAUUCUCCUGUCUCAGCCUCCCAAGUAAGCUGGGAUUACAGGCACCUGCCACCACACCCAGCUAAUUUUUGUGUUUUUUUUGUAGAGAUGGGGUUUUGCCAUGUUGGCCAGGCUAACCUUGAACUCCCAACCUCAGGUGAUCUGCCCGCCUCAGCCUUCCAAAGUGCUGGGAUUACAGGCAUGAGCCAUGGUGCCCGGCCGUUAUUCUCUAAUUUCUUUGUGUUUAUUCAUAUGAUCUUUUCACACGAUGGCCUUCAAGUUCCUUUUAGGUAGCAUGUAAGCACACACCUUUGCAACUCAUCAGAAGCAGUGAUAUGAUUUGUAGUAUUUGCCAGUUGCUAUGGUAUAGAUACUCCUGCCAUUGCCAAUUUCAAGCUAUCAAUUGUUUAACAGCUUCUCACAUAAUUCCUGAAAAUUUAAGAACCAGCUCUUUUGAGCAGGUGUGUGCCAGCUCCAGCACAUACUGCAUCCCAAAUUGAGCCUAAUGUGACUGGCAUCCAGCAGCCUGCUGGGACAGCCUGAGUUGGCCCGUGAUGGAAGUUGUGGCAGUUGAACAUUCAGGAUCUGAUAAUGAAUAUAAAAUUUGGGAGCUCAAAGUCAUAAAACACCACAGGUAAGCUCUUACAUAUUUAUAUUCCCUAAAACAACAAUAAAAGGAACACAAUAAAUAAAGAUAUCAAUAACAUUCUACAUAUCUUAAAUCAUUAAUAAUAGGUUCAGUGUUUUUAAUUUGGUUAUAAUUCAUUAAAGUUGUUUAAUGUAGACUUUGUGUCACUUUCUGAUUGAAGCCUUAGAAAUGCAAAGACCUGGGAAACAUAAAUUUCCCUCAAGGAGCUCACAGCAGGAAAGAAAGAAAAGGAAAAAGAAAUGCCAAUAAAAUACAGUCUUUGAUAGUACAACAUUGAACAACAUAGAUCCCAGAGUUGAGGCGAGAGAGGAAGGAGUAGGAAAGAAUAAGGAUAAACUUCCCAAAGAUAUGAUGCCUAAACAGAGCCCUCAGGAACCAUACAUCCCUUCAAAAUGUCUUCCUCAGCUAAGGUGGCCACAGCAGCUGACUGUAAUGCACAUUGUUUAAGAAUUAGCUUUAUAAUAGAAUUUUGCCUUUGCUUCAGUCGGCAUCAUCCAAUGAUGACGCAAGCCACCAACAGAUUAACAGAAAGCUCAUCUUCAUGGCUUCUUUGGUGCCCUUCUAGCUCUAACAUAUGAAAAUUACACAUUUUUUAAUGCAAAGGAAGGGGAACAUAGCCUGGAUACCAAAGCAUUGCAAACACUAAGCAAGAAUAAUAUGAUGCUCAUUUGUAAUUUUUUUUACAUGUGAAAUCACAAAUACACUUGAGCUGAACUAAGGCAGUCUCCGAAAGAACUGAAAAUGAAAUCAAGGUAGGAACAAAACAUGUAAUCUUCUUUGUUCUCUAUAAAAGAGAGGAUAGCCAUCUUCAGGUUUCCAGAUGGUUUUGUUUUGCCAUCACCCGGCCUUUCGUGGGUGCUGCCUAGGAGCUUUGUGACUAUAGCUCAAGAUCGGUGCGCAGUGCCACGUGGCCCCUCACUGUGGGACUGUGCUGUGGCCACACAAGGCAGGAGAGUGCUCCAGAGUGACACUCCCCUCUACGCCACGAACAUCCCCCCCCUUAUCUCCAAAAUACUAGAGCAGGUUUUCACAAGGUGCCAUCCAAUAAAAGUCUCCACUGUGAUUCCUUGUGGAGAGGGUGAAGACCAAUGUUCAAAGAUGAGGAUUCCUGGACCCCACCUUAGAAAAAGGCUCAGUCAGAAUCUCUGGGAGCUGGGCCUUGAAAUCAGUAUUUUUAUCAAGCUCCUGAAGUAAUGAGGAGCUUAGCACAGUGUCUGACACUGUAGACUGUCUAUACAUGUUUUUUAAUUGAACACAACUUACCUUUCCUCCACCAUCUACCCUCACCCACUCGAAAGAGCUUCACUUACUGGCUAGUGAAGGGAUGUGGUGGAGGAUAGAUGUGAUUUGAUACAUUUUAUUUCCCCUUAAAAAGACUCAUAUAUUGUUUGUAACACUCUGUCUUUCAUUUUCACAGUCAACAAAUUUUCUCAUUUUUCAAAUAUAUCUUUCUUUAGAAAAACAAACUAGUUUUGUUUUUGUCAUUAUCAUGUAACCACCCAAGGGAUUCGUCCUGUCACUGCAUAAAGAAAGGCCACUGGUCGGGUGGCUGAGGCAGGAGAAUUGCUUGAACCUGGGAGGCGGAGGUUGUGGUGAGCUGAGAUCCAGCCAUUGCACUCCAGCCUGGGCAACUCUGUAUCAAAAAAAUAAAAAUAAAAAAAGGCCACUGACAUUGUAGUAGAGAGUUUAAUAGACACGAGGCCGGCCACACCAAGUGGGAGAUGGAGUUCCCACUCAGAUCAUCUUGUUCAAAGCUCUUUGGUUAGGGGUUUUUCAAGGGCAGGUUUUUCCACAAGAGCCUGCCAAACCUGGGAGCCCCAGAGUUUACUAUCCUUUCUCCCUAGGUAAACACAGUGCCAUUAUUCCCUCAAAAAAGAGUUGCAAAAAGGUAGGGGAGGCAUCCCAGAAGUGGUGAGUGUAAGGUUCUCAGCUCGAACCCAAGAGCACGCCAACAGACAACACGAGGCUGUGUGGAGCAACAUGCUGCUUUUUUUGUUUUUUUUGUUGUUGUUCAGACGGAGUCUCGCUCUUUCACCCAGGCUGGAGUUCAGUGGCGCGAUCUCGGCUCACUGCAAGCUCCGCCCCCCGGGUUCACGCCAUUCUCCUGCGUCAGCCUCCCGAGUACCUGGGACUACAGGCGCCCGCCAUUACAUCCGGCUAAUUUUUUAAUAUUUUUAGUACAGACAGGGUUUCACCGUGUUAGCCAGGAUGGUCUCGAUCUCUUGACCUCGUGAUCCGCCCGUCUCGGCUUCCCAAAGUGCUGGGAUUACAGGCGUGAGCCACCGCGCCUGGCCGCAAAGAGCUGUUUUAAUGAGCGCCUGGGUGCAGGCGGUCUGAUGCCUAAAAUGGCGUCAGCCCCAAAUGAGGAUAGGACAGGGGUUUUAUAGUCCUCUGUAAACGGGAAGCGUCCCAGUCUGACCUGACUGCUACGUAGUACCCGGACGGCCUCCUUCUCCAUCUUCAGGGGUACGUGUCUUCCGGCUGGCUGUCGUCCUGCUUCUGCUGUCUUGCUGACCCGCGCUGCUUCUAUGGAAGACGUCAUAGCACGGAUGCAAGAUGAAAAAAAUGGAAUUCCUAUUCGUACGGUCAAAAGCUUUCUUUCCAAGAUCCCUAGCGUCUUCUCUGGUUCAGACAUUGUUCAAUGGUUGAUAAAGAACUUAACUAUAGAAGAUCCAGUGGAGGCGCUCCAUUUGGGAACGUUAAUGGCUGCCCAUGGCUACUUCUUUCCAAUCUCAGAUCAUGUCCUCACACUCAAGGAUGAUGGCACCUUUUACCGGUUUCAAACGCCCUAUUUUUGGCCAUCAAAUUGUUGGGAGCCGGAAAACACAGAUUAUGCCGUUUACCUCUGCAAGAGAACAAUGCAAAACAAGGCACGACUGGAGCUCGCAGAUUAUGAGGCUGAGAGCCUGGCCAGGCUGCAGAGAGCGUUUGCCCGGAAGUGGGAGUUCAUUUUCAUGCAAGCAGAAGCACAAGCAAAAGUGGACAAGAAGAGAGACAAGAUUGAAAGGAAGAUCCUUGACAGCCAAGAGAGAGCGUUCUGGGAUGUGCACAGGCCUGUGCCUGGAUGUGUGAAUACGACCGAAGUGGACAUUAAGAAGUCAUCCAGAAUGAGAAACCCCCACAAAACACGGAAGUCUGUCUAUGGUUUACAAAAUGAUAUUAGAAGUCACAGUCCUACCCACACACCCACACCAGAAACUAAACCUCCAACAGAAGAUGAGUUACAACAACAGAUAAAAUAUUGGCAAAUACAGUUAGAUAGACAUCGGUUAAAAAUGUCAAAAGUCGCUGACAGUCUACUAAGUUACACGGAACAGUAUUUAGAAUACGACCCGUUUCUUUUGCCACCUGACCCUUCUAACCCAUGGCUGUCCGAUGACACCACUUUCUGGGAACUUGAGGCAAGCAAAGAACCGAGCCAGCAAAGGGUAAAACGAUGGGGUUUUGGCAUGGACGAGGCAUUGAAAGACCCAGUUGGGAGAGAACAGUUCCUUAAAUUUCUAGAGUCAGAAUUCAGCUCAGAAAAUUUAAGAUUCUGGCUGGCAGUGGAGGACCUGAAAAAGAGGCCUAUUAAAGAAGUGCCCUCAAGAGUUCAGGAAAUAUGGCAAGAGUUUCUGGCUCCCGGAGCCCCCAGUGCUAUUAACUUGGAUUCCAAGAGUUAUGACAAAACCACACAGAACGUGAAGGAACCUGGACGAUACACAUUUGAAGAUGCUCAGGAGCACAUUUACAAACUGAUGAAAAGUGAUUCAUACCCACGUUUUAUAAGAUCCAGUGCCUAUCAGGAGCUUCUACAGGCAAAGAAAAAGUCUGGAAACUCAAUGGAUCGCAGAACAUCUUUUGAAAAAUUUGCACAGAAUGUGGGCAGAAACAUCCCUAUUUUCCCAUGCCAUAAAAACUGUACACCAACACUGAGGGCCAGCACUAACCUGUUAUGAAAAGAGGGGAAAUCUCUCACGUCCAAGAGGUUAACAAGCCUUGUUCAGUCUUACUAAAUGGAUCAUCUUGUAGCAUGAAUGCAGACUGGAGUCACUGCACACACUUUGUAGCUCGCUGUUGUGACCUGGAGGAGAGGACAGUAGAACAAGAUGUUGCAUGAGCAAAGGACCUAAAUUGUUAUUUUUGUGUGUACAUUCCAUCUCCAAUGGACUCUUCCAUCUCAAUGCCUCCAUUCCAAACUGUUGUCUGCUUUCUUUCUCCUUCUACUAUGCUGGAUCUGUGUCUUUUCCUUUUUAACAAGUUCAAGUGAAGUAAAACCUUUUCUUUUUUUCCUUCUUUCUCUCUCUCGCUCUCUCUCUCUCAAAGCUUCAGCUAGACACACAGUUCACUGAAAAUUCAGUCAGUCAAAAACUGGAAGAAUUGUAAAAGAAAAAAGUAUAUAUCAAUAAGUAUACAUAUGGCUUCACAUUUAUUAAACAAUAAAUUCGCACAGAAAGUUUCAUUUCACCAAUGUGUCCACAGUCAGAAACAAACUCAUGUCUUCGUCUGUUGUCUGUACAUUCUCCGUUAAUGUUUCUUGCAUUUAUUUUUAUACCAUAUUUAAAGAAGAAACACCUUUUACUCCAAAUGUAUUAAAGUUGAUCCCUUCUCUGUAAAUUUGUGUAUGUUUAUAUUGUUGUUUUAUCUUUCAUUAAAAGAUGCAGAAUCUCA